UCCUGCUUGAAGGCUACGCCGAGCCGCGGCUGCAUCUCAUCCUCCAACAUGGCUGGCCAGGAAGAUCCCGUGCAGAGAGAGAUCCAUCAAGAUUGGGCGAAUCGAGAGUACAUAGAAGUGAUUACAAGCAGCAUUAAGAAAAUCGCUGACUUCCUCAACUCGUUUGAUAUGUCUUGUCGGUCUCGUCUGGCUACCCUCAACGAGAAGUUAACAGCAUUGGAGAGGAGGAUCGAAUACAUAGAGGCCAGAGUGACCAAAGGAGAGACCCUGACCUAGAUCUCAUCAUGGGAAUUCCUAAUGUCUUCAAACUACUUCCCCAACCUCCACCCUGAAGCUUUUGAACUAAAUGUGCUGGACUCCACCAACUUUUUUGGGGGGGGGGGGAUCAUGUGGACCAUUUUUUUUUUAUAUUAUACGGCAGAAUUUUGCGUUAUUUUUAAUCUCAUGACACAUUUGUAUAAAAUAUGGGUUUGUGUGAUACAAGCAUCAUUAUUUCUUUUGAAAUUAAGCCCAAGUAUUGGUUUCAACAGGUUCUGGGGCUAAGUGAUGUUUUUUUGCUGUAAACAUUAUGUACACAGUGUCAUUACCAAACCAGAGAUUAAUGGAGAAAAAAAAGGGGAAACAUUCUUGUGUGCCAAGUUGAACAAUUGUGUAGUCACCUUUAUUGAAAACCUGCCUGUACAUUAACUGUUUAGUGUUAAUGAAAAUUUAAAUACUGUAAUAAAUUAUAAACAGUUGUUUUGUUUCAUCUCUGCUUACAGCUAAAAUUGAUAUGUGAAAUAGAUGAUAUAUAAUCAAGAACAUAACUUUUAAGAACUCCAAUGGAUCCAACGUUCUGCAAUGAGCAAUACGAGGGGCAACGUAUACAACUCCUAAAUACACAUAAAGCUUACGUACAUUCUAUGUGACAAAUGUGUGCAGCAUUGGCUGCUCUUCUGUAAACGGGGUGCAAUCUGUUUCUUUUUAAUAAAAAAUAAUUACUAGUA